AUUAAAUUGCAACAGUUGCUUUAUAUUUUACAUUAUAUUAUUUUAUUGGUUGCUAUUAAAUAUGAAAUUAUUAGUAGCAUUGAUGUGUGGAUUGGUUUGUAUUGUGAGCGCAGACUAUCCUAUAGAAGACUAUAAGGCGGUCGCAAAGUCUCGGGACUUCACGGGAAAAGUGAUUCUCGUGACCGGUUCCUCGUCGGGCAUCGGAGAGGGAAUCGUUAAACUGUUCUCAAUAUUAGGGGCUAAUGUUGUGGUCACCGGAAGGAAAGCACAGGACGUUCAACGGGUGGCCAAAGAGGUGCAGGAGUUGUCACCACUAAAACUAAAGCCAUUAGAAGUUGUGGGAGAUUUGACCAAAACUUCUGAUGUAAAUAAUUUGAUCGAUUCUACGGUUAAAACAUUUGGCAAAAUAGAUGUGUUGGUCAAUAACGCCGGUAUAUAUCCGCAGACAAAUAUCACUCAAUUAGAUCUGCUGUCAGUUUGGGAUCAGAUAUUUGCCGUCGAUUUACGCGCUGUCGUAGAACUCAUUCACCAAUCGGUUCCACAUCUGGAGAAAACCAACGGAACUAUAAUUGAUAUCUCAAGUGUGGCAUCACUCGCACCGAUCAAAUUUGAGCUAGCUUAUGCAUCGGCCAAAGCAGGUCUGGAUAUGUUGACUAAAAUAUUAGCCCUGGAAUUGGGGCCCAAAAAUGUUCGUGUUAAUACUAUUAAUCCGGGUGCUAUUCAUGUGAAAGACCCGCUGACACCCCUUGAAAUUCUCAUUUCAAAAUACACGCCAUUGGGAAGAGUGGGUCAACCCCUAGACAUCGCCCGUGCGGUCGCAUUCCUGGCCUCCACUGACUCAGCCUUUAUUACCGGCGCUAAUCUAGUGGUCGACGGCGGCAUUAUAUUUAAUACCGACUAUCCUAUUGGAGACUAUAAGGCAAUCGCAAAGUCCCGGGACUUUACGGGUAGUGUAGUUGUAGUGACCGGUUCCUCGUCGGGCAUCGGAGAGGGAAUCGUUAAACUGUUUUCCAUAUUAGGGGCUAAUGUCGUGGUCACUGGAAGGACAGCACAGGACGUUCAACGGGUGGCCAAAGAGAUCCAGGAGUUGUCACCACUGAAACUAAAGCCAUUAAAAGUUGUGGGAGAUUUGACCAAAACCUCUGAUGUAAACAAUUUGAUUGAUUCUACAAUCAAAACGUUUGGCAAAAUUGAUGUAUUGGUCAAUAACGCCGGUAUUUAUCCGACGACAAACAUAACACAAACGGAUCUGUUGUCAGUUUGGGAUCAGAUCUUUGCCGUCGAUUUACGCGCUGUCGUAGAACUCAUCCAUCAAUCGGUUCCACAUCUGGAGAAAACCAACGGAACUAUAAUUGAUAUCUCGAGUGUGGCAUCACUCGCACCGGUCAAAUUUACACUAGCUUAUGCGUCUGCCAAAGCAGGUCUGGAUAUGUUGGGCAAAAUAUUAGCCCUGGAAUUGGGGCCUAAAAAUAUUCGUGUUAAUACUAUUAACUCCGGUUUAGUACAUGUGAGAGACCCUCCGAGUCCUAUAGAAAUUCUUGCACCGAAAUACACGCCAUUGGGAAGAGUGGGUCAACCCCUAGACAUUGCCCGUGCGGUCGCAUUCCUGGCCUCCACUGACGCACACUUUAUUACCGGCGCUAAUAUAGUGGUCGACGGCGGGGCUGUAUUCAAUUCCGACUAUCCUAUAGAGGACUAUAAGGCGGUCGCAAAGUCCCGUAACUUCACGGGUAGUGUAGUUGUAGUGACCGGUUCCUCGUCGGGCAUCGGA